AUGAACAAUGAAGCUUCUUAUGAAUCUUCUUCUCUUCGAGGGUCUAUAAUCUCAAUCCCGUUAAUGAUUAUAGACGAUACUUCAAGGGCAGUGAUAAAAGAGUCACGACUAUAUCUACACUGCAGUGAAAUUCCAGAUGAAGAAGGAAACGAUGAAAGUCCAAAUACAGCCGUUACGGCCAUCUGUCAAGAGGGUAGCUUCCAUAUUGACAUAACGUAUAAUACUUGGCAACAAUGUAGAAAGCCGCAGAACAAGUACAGUACUUCCGAGUGGAAUAUGAUGCUUUCAAGCUUGUUUCCAUUAGAAAUGGGGGUGGACUUGAAUGAACGGGAUAAUGACAUCUUGAUGAAUGCCAAGCUUGUUUCUCUGAAAUCUAAUUACUCUGAAACAAAUAAUGAAUUACUUGAUGAUGCUACGGGAGAGAUGAAUGAUUUUCUUACAAUAGAUAUUAAAAGAACUGGUGUAUUUCCUGUGACUGUUGGUUCACUCAUAUUAAAGAUGAUAGAUGAUCUGGAUGACCUGAAGAGGUUGAAUGGUCUGCCUGUGAGUGGUGAGCAGGACUUAUUCAAAUGGAUGGACUUGCUAAUGAGAGAAAACAAAAACUUGCAGGAACAAUUGAGUGAAUCUAAACUGAGUCUUAAGUCUCUUAUAAGGCAAAACAGACUCAUAUCAGAUAAUUAUGAGGAAUCUGAAAAGCAUCAUCGCAUCAUAGUCGACGAUCUUCAGGAUAAGUUUUAUCAAUUGCUCAAUGCAAAGAAAGACAAGAUAUGGCAGUUGCAAAAUGAGAGACCAAGGCAUUUGACGGAUUUGAACAAGGGACUUGAAAAGCGUCCCUUAAAACGGAGUCCUGAUAAAGAACUAAAAGAAGAAGAAUUCGAAGGAAGUACCGUGACUGCACCGAAGCGCCGAAAAACAGAGAACAAAAUAGUUAAGAAGGAGAACGACGAUGACAUAAUUGAAGACAAACAAACGGGGCUGGUGAGCCUGCCCAACGAAGCUGGUGAGUAUGACUCGAAAAAACCUCUAUCUAUGAAAGACGAGGAAAUAGUCUCCAGCGUAUUGCAUGCUGGUGAGUCACCAAGCAAUGACUCGUUGAAUGACACUGAAAUAGAUUCGGAGGAAUCGAAGUCUCUCAAGCAACUGCCUUCUGCAGGAUUCGAUCGUAGCAGCCACUCUGACAGCGAUGGCGAUAACAAUAUUAUUGAUAUUACUUCGCCUUUACUAGAUCGUCAGAAAAGCGACGACGAAAUCAUCAAAGACAGUCUCGAAGAGCAUAGUGGUAGCCUGAGGCAAACGCCUUCUCCAAAAGAAACCCAAAUCCAAAAACGUCAUUCUCUGCUGCCCUUGCUUGUUCGUGCGUCUUCCGAAUUACCCAACGCGAGUCUUCAGCUGGGGGCCGAGACUGAAUAUUCGUCUGAGGGAUCCUCGCUGACUUAA